GUUGAUUCUACUAUGAGUAGCUUAUAGAAAUCUUUUACACUCUAAAUGGGAGCGUUUCAUUCCCACUGCUGUCCUAUUUAUGAAACUGAGGUGAAAGACUGUAUUUUAAGUGGAAUGUGUGGGUCAAAUAGUUCCCUAAACUAUUUGGAUGAUGUGUUGCAUCCACCCGGACCAGUAUGUACAGUAGCAAUGAAACCGCAGUGGAUCAUGAGCAGAUCUAGAUCAGAGACCGAAGUCUGGAGCACUCCCCAAGCAAGCUCCACCACUGACAGAGAAUCAGACCCUGAAUUACAGGCAUUCAUCAUGAGAAGAAACCAAGUGAACAAAGAUACUGAGGAAUGGGAGAAACUGAAUUAUGAUAUCCAUACUCUGAGGUGUGCUCGGAGAAAGGUUUGUACACGAUGGAAGAAACUUCUACUUCAGCUGGGUUACCAGAGGGAGGUUGACUCGUUGCUGACAGUGAACAGACAGACCGUUCUGAGUGACUGGGAGAAUUUGGAGAAGUCCAGAAACCUUUUGAACAUAGUGCUGGAGGAGACAGGCCUCUUCCCCCGUGGGCUGGGCACACAUGAGAGAUAUCUGUAUGUCAUGGAUCGUCUGGUGUCUUUGGACAGUGCUGAGGACUUUGUGCAUUUGGCCAAAGAGAACUAUCCAAGAGAUCAUUCUUAG